AUGCAUGUGUCUACUCUGUUCUGUUUGUCAUCACAGGGAGCUGGUGCUGCUGCCUCUGGCCCUGCUCCAGUUUCUGGGACCAUCAGAGCCCCCGUCCCCUCCACAUCAGCAGCAGCCAAGCAGAGGAUCUGCCUGUUCAGGGUGGAAGAGGAUGACGAGGAGGAGGAAGAGCAGGACCCAUCUCCCCUUCCAACCCAAGUGAUCAUGCGGCGGAAGCCCCCCUCCAUCACCAACCGCCUCACAUCCAGGAAGAGUGCCCCAGUGCUCAACCAGAUCUUUGAAGAGGAGGGGGAGUCGGAUGAUGACUUCGACCUGGACGAGGGGCUGCCGCCCAAACUCAGCCGCCUCAAGAUGAACAUGGCUGCAAACGCUGGCAGUCUGAGCUCGGGGGCCGCCUCCCCGGGGCCCUCACAGAAGCGCUACCAUCGUCGCAAGAGUCAAGGGAGGGGGUCAUCGUGCUCCAGCUCUGAGACGAGUGACGACGACUCGGAGAGCCACCGCAGGCGGCUGGAUAAAGACUCAGGCUUCAGCUACAGCUGGAACAGGAGGGACAGCAGUGAGGGGCCGCCUGGCAGCGAGGGGGGGGGCAGCAGCUCAGGGCAAGGCAAACCCCCCUCAGAGGGUGGGGGCUCCUCUGGUCCUGACAAGGGCAGUUCUCCUGGUGCAGGUAGUAAUGGAGGAAGAGAAGGUGGUGGGGGAGGAGGGGGGAGCGGCAGAGAAGGAGGUGGGGGUAACCGAGGACAAGACAGCCCCUCCAGCUGUUGUAACAACAGCUCCCUCAGCUCCAUGUCCCGGCUGUCCCGCACAGCGAGCCGCGGCACCGAGCUGGUGGAGGGGCUGAAGCUCAUGAGCCUGUGCCUCAGCUCCCAGCUGCAGCAGCACCGCGGGGGCCGGGGGGCACGAGGAGGUGGGGGUGGAGGGAAGUUCAUCAUAGACCCUCGCAGUGUGAAAAUUCAGGAGAAGUCAACAUGGAGGAUGUGCAUCAGCUCGACUGGGAGCCUGGACUCCAUCACCCUCCCCACCGCCACUGGCCUUCCACGCACCCACCAUCACAAAGCAGUGCCCCACGGUCCCCACAGCUUGAAGGCAGGCCCCCCCAGCAGAGAUGUUCACAGCAACUUGAGCGCUCUGAAAAAUGGCGUCCUGCAACUACCUCUGUGUGAGAAGACCAUUUCUGUGAACAUCCAGGGGGGGUCCAGAGAUGGUCUGCUCUGUACCUCAGCUCCAGCCAGCUGCUGCCAGGUCAUCUGACCC